AUGGGGUCCGCUCUCGAGUCGACAGACGUCAGGAACAAGCUGGAGGACCUCUCCGGCGUGGUUCCGAAGCCGGGCGAGAACCCGUACGAUGCCCUGAUCGAGGCCUGCGACGACGACCCGGCGAAAAUCCAGGAGCUCUACGCGGCGCACCGCGCCAGACGCAACGCGCAGCAGCGGGCAAGGUUUCUCUCGCCCGACUUCACGGAGCUGAUCAUCGACCCGUACCUGCUCCGGCUGGAGAACCCGGCGAUAGAACCCGGUUUUGUACGUCCGACCCCCUUUCCCCGCACACGUGUCCCCCCGUCCCGGACCAGGAGCCGGGGGGCCACCCACCCGCGAUACCCCGCAGCUCGUGGCCCUCAGCCUGCUAACGCGCGGCAGGAAGACCGGAGGCACUGCAUGACGGUGUGGGCACGGCCUCCGAACCACGUGCUCGAGCUGGCCGAGGAGGUCCAGCGACGGCUCCGGGCCGCCGCGCCGCAUGUCUGGCUCAUGCCCGCCUACCGGAUGCACAUGACGACGCUGGAGCUCGCGUUCUCGCGGACGGCGGCCGAGAUCAGCGCGCUGCUGGCCGCGCUCGGGCGCGACGCCGUGCGCGCGCUGGCGGACUACACCGCGACGCCGGCGCGGCGGCGCGCCCCCGCCCGCCUCGUCCGCCCCUUCGUCUCGUACGACCUGUCGGCCUUCGCGCUGUCCUUCGUGCCCGCCUCGGGCCACGAGCCCCGCGCCUCGCCGCCGCCCGCCCAGCCCGGGCCCCUCGACGACGAACACGACGACCACCACGAGGGAGAGCCGAUCCAGGAGCCAGGCCAGCCCCCCCGCCCCGACCGCUACACCUACCACCACCUGCGCCGCGACCUCUGGGCCCGCGCCCGCGCCGCCGGCGUCGCCGUCGACUCGCGCUACGUCGUGCCGAGCGCCCACGUGACGCUGGGGCGGUAUCUCGGCGACGCCGACCACGCGACUGCGGCGCAGCGGCGGCGCUGGGUCGACGCCAUCGACGAGGUCAACCGCUGGCUCGAGGGCGAGGUGUGGGCUGUCGCUGCGGCACCGCCAGGGGGUGCUUCCCCCGCCGCGCCGCGCCGGCGGUUCGUCGGCGAGUGGAUCGUUGGGCAGGAGAAGGGGUUCGACGUCCGCGUCGGCACGCUGUGGUACGGCGGCGGCCGCACCGUGCUCCUGGGCGAGGGCUUCUGA